ACCAUGAGGCCUAUAGCUUAAGCGAGCUAGUGUUGGAAUAGUUAGAAGUUAAAAGGGAAUAAGCAAAUGAAAAAAAAAACACAUUUUGUAUAAACGUUCGAAUAUUUCAGAUUUAUAUAUACCUAGUGCUGUAGUUUUGAAGGUUGUUCUGCAGUGGUUGGAGGUGUAUUUUUCCAAAAUGGCUACAGACUGGCUUGGAAGUUUAGUUUCUAUAAACUGUGGAGAGACAUUAGGAGUUUUCCAGGGGAAAGUGUCAUCUGUUGAUCAGAAUACUCAGACAAUCUCAUUAAGAGAGCCUUUUCACAAUGGAAUCAAAUGCCCUGUCCCUGAAGUCACAUUCAGUGCCAUGGACAUCAAAGAACUCAAGAUUUUAGAAAUCCCUGGUAGUAGUCAUGGAAUACAAUCAGAUUCGAUUCCAUUAGCUCAUAACUCAAGAAAUGCAAAAGGAACUGUUAUACCUAGUACUGCACCAGUUGCAGUGCCUCGUAAAGAUGAAGUAAAAACUCAAGAAGGCUUCAACUCGCCUCAGCAGUGUUCGAAGAGUUAUGGAGAACGUCACUUUGAAGCUUUCACUCAAGCUAAAGGUUUUCGCCGACGCCACAAUUCAUGGUCAUCAAGUAGCCGUGGACCCAACCAGGCAACUCCUAAGAAGAAUGGAAUGAAAAAUGGAGCACACUUAAAAAAUAAAGACGAUGAAUGCUUUGGUGAUGGAAUUGAAGAGAUGCUGGACACCGAUUUUGAUUUUGAAGGAAAUUUGGCUCUUUUCGACAAGGCAGCUGUAUUCUCUGAGAUCGAAACUUCAGAACGUAGAAAUGGAGAGCGAGCUCGUGGCACACCAAAUGAACGCACACCCUCUCGUUAUAGGCAUGAUGAGAAUAUUCUCGAAGCUGAGCCUAUUGUCUACAGACAGAUUGUUGUGCCACAUCAAAGUGGUAAAGAAUAUUGCACUGAUGCUGGUCUCGUUGUGCCAAGUAUAUCAUAUGAGUUGCACAAGAAGUUACUGGCCAUUGCAGAAAAGCAUGGGUUGUCUUUGGAGAGAAGACUUGAGAUGGCCGGUGUCUGUGCUAGUCAGAUGGCACUGACCUUGCUUGGUGGACCCAAUCGGCUUAACCCGAAGAAUGUACAUCAGCGCCCCACAGUGGCUCUUCUAUGUGGCCCACAUGUUCAGGGUGCUCAAGGAAUCAGCUGUGGUCGUCACCUUGCCAACCAUGAAGUUCAUGUCAUCCUCUUCCUUCCCAACUUUGUCAAGAUGCUGGAGUCUAUCACAAACGAGCUGACUCUCUUUGGAAAGACAGAUGGCAAGCAAGUCUCCAGUGUUAAAGAUUUACCAGACAGUCCUGUUGAUCUUGUGAUUAAUUGUUUAGACUGCCAUGAAAAUGCCUUCCUUCGUGAUCAGCCAUGGUACCGGGCAGCUGUGGACUGGGCCAAUCAGAACCGUGCUCCUGUUUUAAGCAUUGACCCACCCGUAAGUGCUCGAGAGCAGGCAGUAGACGCGAAGUGGUCCUUGUCCCUUGGACUGCCACUGCCUUUAGCUGAGAGUGCAGGACGUGUUUAUCUUUGCGACAUUGGCAUUCCUCGCCAGGUUUUUCAUGAAGUUGGCAUCAGUUACCACUCUCCUUUUGGAUGCAAGUUUGUUAUUCCGCUUCACUCUGCCUAAAAUAAUGUAAACAUUCAUAUGACACCAACAGCCUGCAUGAAGUGAAUAACAGAAGCUGGAAAUGAAACAGUCUCCUAAAAUGUAAAAGAAUAUUUCUUAUCAAGAAUUCAUUUUUGAACUGAUCAUGAGCAGUGCCAUGCCUGGCUGGAAGGUAAAAUUCAAACUCCCAGGUGUUAUACAGAAAGUUGAUCUUUUAAAUGUUAUUUUUAUGUUAGUGUGUAACCAAAGAAAGCAAAAGUGUCAGAGUUCUGAACUGAGGCAAUUUGUGGACCAUUACUUCUGAUAAACAAGUUUACACUCUGUAAUGCCAGAAUCUGAAAAAUCAAACUUAAAAAGGAAUUUUUGAGAAAGCUUUGCAGUGGCUGAGCCAGGUAUUGAGUCUACUAUUUGCACUAUUAAUUUUUUUAUUUUAUUUUUUUUUUCUUCGUAAACCUUUACAGAUCAAUUAAGAUUCAUGUGGAAUGUGACAAUAGGAAAGUAACGGACUGUGCUACUCUUCAUUUUCAUUUCAUUUUGUGAUGUCUGUUAAAAUACUGUUUAUCACAGAGGCUGCUCUAUAAGUUGUAGCAAGAGAAAAUGUGAGCUGAGAAGCAAUAAUUCAAGAAAUGCAAAGAAAAAGAAAAUAAAAAAAGAAAAAUCUAUUUUACUUUGAAUGCAUAUAUUUUAUUAUAAUGCUGCUGUUAUACCAGCACUUACAGCAAGAGUUACAGACUUCUCAGUAAUUUAUACAGACCGCCUUAAAGGGACGGCUGCUCUUAUAGUACAUUGUGGUGCACCAUGGGGUCUCUUGGUCAGGAAAUCUCAACCUUUUUUACUGGCAAAAGUAAGUGAAUGAAUUGUAUUUGUGUCAUGAAGUGAGCUGUUAAAACAAGCUUUUAACUGACUUCAUUCAUCUGAGGUAUAUAUACAGUGCGGGUUUGAUUAUUUCACACAUUGCAGAGUAAGCAUUAUGUGCUUUUAUUUUCAGAUUUUUUUGUCUGUGUUGAUAAUUUCGAUCACUCAAGAAAAAUGGCGUUUUGUACCAGAAUGGUUUUCAUAGCAUUUUUUUUUUUUUUUAGAAUAUUAAAUUCUAAGCAGAUUUCAUGAUUUAUGUCUUGUAUUUUGAGAGAAAUUUUGAAUACUCUGAUAAUUUAUGCUAAAUUAGAUAAGAAGAGGGUUCAAGAAGAUACAUAGAUGGUCUCUCUGUCAUUUGCCAUUAUAAAUAUUCCAAAAACGAUGCAUAGACCAAAUAUAAUCAGUGUUGUUCCAGACCGCCCCAAACCCCCUUGUGGUGUUAUGUUUUAAGUUUGCUUUAAGAAGCUCUGGUAGUGUUUGCUGGAAUCCUGUGCCUUUGAAGACUUGCGCUUUCCUGUACUCAAAAAAAAAAAAAAAAAAAAAAAAAAAAGGAAAAUGUUCAGGGAAAUUUGUAUGUAGACCUAUGUAAGAACUCAAUUUUGUAAACCUUGUUCCUUUUGUAUAGUUAAAUAUGCAUUUAAAAUACAGUAAGUUAGUCGGUCACAAAACCAAGCACCUGCCUCGUUCUUUUGUUGUUUAUUCAGCAUGGAGUGGCGUGUCUGGUUUAGGAAGGAAAUUAUUCUAUUAAUCACGGGCCACAAAUGAAUAUUACAGAAGUCAAAAACGUCAUAGCCCCAUGCAGUGGAGCAGUUAAAGUCCCUACUUUUACAAUUCAAAUAAGAAGCCUUCUUGAUGUUUUAAGGUAGUUUUUCACAUGAAUGAGUUCCUCCAUGCAUUGUGCUGAAUGUGUGUGUAUAUACUGUAGAGUACAGGGCACCUUCUCUAGUUUUACGAAGAGGUUUUGUUCAAGUGCUCCUCUCUUUGCUCCUCUGCAAACAGUCCUGGACUUGAAGCAGACUUGUUUUCUUUUUUCAGUCAUUGCUGUUACCUGCAUAGACAUUUUUAUGGCUAAAUACACCAAUCUUUUCAGUGCACUGCAUAUGUAAAGUACGAAGAAGGUAAUUAAAUGAACAGUUCUGAAAUACAUUUCUAAAGUGAUUUAAGAUGUAUUCUCCAUAUGUGAAUAAGUACAUUUUUCUGCUGUUUUUUUUAUUAUUAUUAUACAAAAGCCAUCUGAGUGGCGUACUUGAAAGGAGGUCCUAAAUAUACAAAAUAUUUUCUUACACUAAGCAAAUUACUUUAAAUGGCCAUGAUAAUUACAUUUUAUAAUGUACUUUAGUUAGAGUUGUGUGAGGAACAAAACUUUUUUGUUCAGGAACCAAAAUCAAAACUCGUGUUUUUUUAAUAUUGUAACAUAUUAGUGUCUCAUACUUCACAAUGUUUGGUUGUUUGACUAUAAAUAUUUACUUUCUGCUGUUCCAAAUGAGGUUCUGGUAAAUAUUUUGACAUUACUAUAAAAGCAGCUGUGUAGUGUGUGGUGCUGAUCUAAGAUGCUCAUAAUAUUGCUUUAUUAAAAUCCCCAUAAAUCAAAAUAAAUAUUUCAUUGCAGACGGUUAGGCUGUGCUCCUGCUUUACUGGAAAGUUAACUCAAUAUUUGCACUAAGCUGCAUUUGGAAGAACACAAACCUUUUAAUUGAACAUAAUUUUACUUCUCGCCCCCCAUCCUGGUUUUUCAUUUUUUAAAUGGUCCACUUGCCAGCUGCCGUCCUUUGAAGGGGUCUACUGUGUACUCCCCCAAGUUGAUGUGCCUGUUAAGUCCAGAGUGUAAAGUCACCUGUACUGUCAGUCAUAUUUUCAAAGAACUGUUAUUGUUAUUAAUGCAGUUUAUUAGCCACAAACCUUAGAGUAGACCAGGAAGACGCAGAAACUGCAGAAGGUUAAUAAACUGCAGUAGGUCUGCGCCGUUAAUAUGCCAUCAUGUUACGUGUUAACUUUAACGGUCACAAAUGCAUGUGUCCCAUAGAGCCAGGCUCAGACUUUUGAAGGAAAGUCUUUAGGAAAUAUUUCAUUGUCUUUAUUACAUGCUAUGAACGCACACAGCUCUGGUGUUUUAACAAAAACGACCCGCUGCAGGGCCAUGUUUGCCACGUAGCACGGCCGUGCUGUAUCCAGUGCCCAUUUUCUGAUCGUGUAUCCUUUGCUGAGGCACUCUCCUCUGUCAAGUACAAACCGUGGACUGUUGCUUCCUUUUGUCUAGCGUUAGUUUAAAUUUGCAGCUUGUAUUAUUCAGCAGUGACACCAUUUCCAACGGACUAAUCUGCCAAUUUUAGACUUUGCAGCAAUAUUUGUGACUCAGUUGUUGCUUAUUCAUUUGUUCCUGUACAGGAUGAUUAAAAUAUGCAUUGAUGUUUUUCAUUUAGCGAAAUAUCUAUUAUUUUUCAAAUAAAUGGGAUAUACUUUUACAGUAAUACUUUAAAAUAAAUUUUAAGGAUGAUCUGCUAGCAUGUAAAAUGGCCAAAAUCCCCCCCGAAUGCAUGAUUAUUAUACAGUCGGUCUCGGAAAGCCGAUGUAUUUGAAUUUUGUUAAACAGUCUUUGUCUUUUGUGUAGUUACCUUUUUUCCUUUAAUGGUGUGUAUAACACAGUUGGGCACUGCACACUUAACGUUACUUUACUAAAUAACUUGCAUAUCAAAGUUUGAAGGCCAUCAGAUUUCUGAAUUUGCAGCAGCCUUCAUUGUCUGUCAUCAUUAUAUUUAAAGUAUGAUGGAAGUAUUGAUGUUUUUUUUAAGAUACACACUUUGUGUGAUUUUUGUAUUGGUAAAAAUCUAUUCAUUGAUUUGAAAGAAUAUUUAUUUGCAAGAUUCAUGCAGAGGUUUGUUGUUAAUAUAUGCUUUCCUUGCUAAGCUUGUAAAAUGUGUCCAUUUCACAGAAUUUUUGUUUCUGUAAAACUUUGUAUUUUUCUUGUUAGUGCAGCAACAAAAAAGGGUAAUUAAUAAAAUUUCAAGAAUGA